AUGGAUAAAUGUGGAAUAUGUUUGAAACCAGCACAGCAACUAUUUGAAACUGGCAAUGAUGCAGUUUACGCCUGUUUUAAAUGUCAACCGUUGGUGCCUGAGGUAACAAUUGAAGAUCAUGACCAGGGAACAUCAGAACAAUCCUCUAACAAUGAGGAGGAUCAAAUAUAUGGAAAAUAUCAGUGUAAUAUUUGUCAAAAGUCAUUCCAGAAAAAUAUGCAACUCCAAAAUCAUAUGAGGAAUCAUCGGGCAGAGAGAAGAUUUUUAUGCACUUUUUGUAACAAAGCAUUCUCUCAGUCAAAUAACUUGCGCGCACAUCUUCGAAUCCAUACAAAUGAGCGACCCUAUAAAUGUCAAGAAUGUGGGAAAGCUUUUACUCAAGUAACCAAUUUAAACAAUCAUGUACGCCUGCACACGGGAGAAAGGCCCUUUGUAUGUCCAGAGCCCGGUUGUGAUAAAGCUUACGCACAGGUCACAAAUUUGAACCAGCAUCGUAAGCGACACCUUUCUGGACGCCCCCUGGAGAGUUCGUAUCAGUGUCCGGUGUGCGGAGAAAGCUUCUCUCAGAGAAACCAUAUGUACACGCAUAGGCGAGAAGCACAUUCCACACUCAAGAGUCCUGUGCGCGUGCGCUUCACGUGCUCGAUGUGCGACGUGAAGCUGCCCAGCGAGCGGCUGCUGCAGGAGCAUAUGGCCCAUAACCAUAAUGAUGAUGACGAGGACGAACAACAGGUGUUCAAGUGUGUGUUCGCGUCUUGUGGGGCGGUAGUGGGUUCCCCGCGGGAGCACACCGAGCAUCUGCUACGUGCCCAUCAGCUUCGGGUGCUCGCUACUCGCGCACAUUCGCCGCCCAAGCGGGGCCGUCCACCUAAGCUGGUGAAGGAUCCCCUCGAGCUUGAUGACCACGACCAACCGGAGUUUGAGGUCCCGGAAAUCAAAGUGGAGCCGCAGUACAUCCCGAAACUUAAAAUGCAAAGUUUAUUUCAGUGA